AGCGAGCGCGCCGUGCGCGCGGAGAGCGAGCGGAGCGGGAGUGCUGGCGGCCGGCCGGCUGCAUGGCGCUCUGCGAGCCGCUGCGUGGCGCGGCCCUGCGCGACCUCCUGGGCCGCGCGCAGGGCGUCCUGUUCGACUGCGACGGGGUGCUGUGGAACGGCGAGCGCGUAGUGCCUGGCGCUGCGGAGCUGGUGGAGCGGCUGGCGCGGGCGGGCAAGCAGGCGCUGUUCGUGAGCAACAACAGCCGGCGCGCGCGGCCCGAGCUGGCGCAGCGCUUCGCGCGCCUGGGCUUCGGGGGGCUGCGCGCCGAACAGCUCUUCAGCUCUGCGCUGUGCGCCGCGCACUUGCUGCGCCAGCGCCUGCCGGGGCCUCCUGACGCGCAGGGCGCCGUGUUCGUGCUGGGCGGCGAGGGGCUGCGCGCCGAGUUGCGUGCCGCAGGGCUGCUGCUGGCGGGGGACCCUGGUGUCGCCCCGCGCGUGCGCGCCGUGCUCGUAGGCUACGACGAGCACUUCUCCUUCGCCAGGCUGAGCGAGGCUUGCGCGCACCUGCGGGACCCCGACUGCCUUCUCGUGGCCACCGACCGCGACCCUUGGCACCCGCUCAGCGACGGCAGCCGGACCCCCGGCACUGGGAGCUUGGCUGCUGCGGUGGAGACGGCCUCGGGGCGCCAGGCGCUGGUGGUGGGCAAGCCCAGCCCCUACAUGUUUGAGUGCAUCACGGAGCAAUUCAGCCUGGACCCAGCCCGCAUGCUCAUGGUGGGUGACCGUCUGGAGACCGACAUCCUCUUCGGUCACCGCUGCGGCAUGACCACCGUGCUCACGCUCACAGGCGUGUCCCGCCUGGAGGAGGCCCAGGCCUACCUGGCGGCUGGCAAGCAUGACCUUGUGCCCCAUUACUAUGUGGAAAGCAUUGCGGAUUUGAUGGGGGGACUGGAGGACUGAGCCCACCUGGCCUCCGGAUCCCUAUCCUACAGAUGGAGGUGAUGGGUCGUGAGCCUCCUUAAGCUCUGCAGGCUCCCCUGCCUCAGUUUCUCUGUCCUGGUGGAGUUGCUGAGCAGGAAGUUGUGAGGACCUUCGUGCCCGCUCCCAGCAGUGGCUGGGCACUCUGCCGUUCCAGAAGCUGCCCCUGCAGCUUGGAGGUUCAACCUGGCCUGACCCAGCCAGGUGGCCUUGUUUCCUGUGUCCAAAUAUGGGUUUUGAUGCCAACUGAAGAUUUUUCCCUGCCUGGGCACUCAAUCCCCUCCGCUCCCUGGGAACUCCUGACCCCUGCCUGCCCUUGGGUCCUAGCCUAUUAGAAGUCAAGGGAGCCACACACCAUUACUGUCACAGGUGGACCAGUUGAGGCUAGUGGAAGUGGCUCACUGAGGCCACAUCCUGAGUGGACCAAAUAGAAGCUAAGGAACAAUGACGCAUGCAUGUCUUAGGUGGUGGGUGGAUCCAUCUGGACACCAGGUAAUAGGGAACCACUGGUCUCAGAUGCUAAGUAGUCAGUUCAGGAGUCUGAGUGACAGUGACCUUCUCUUGACAAUCUGGGUCCCACCAGACCAGCCAGGGUUGACUUCAGUUGAUAAAUAAGGGGCCAAGUGUGGCGACAUCCUCUUCUUUGGAGAUUGUGGCCCAGGGUGCUCAGUGGCCCUGGGCCUGCUGUGGCGGAGAGCUCACCCUCCCUUAUCACUACCUGUCCAGUGUUGGUGGCCCCAGCCCAGAGGGGGGCUUUGGUGGCCCCGUGUAGCUAGUGUUUGUGUCACCUUCCAUCCUAACUCCCAGCUACUUAUUUAUUUGUUUGUUUAUUUAUUGUGUGCCAGUGAUGUGGGGGUGGGGCUGUACCUCCUCGCCAUCCCCACCCGUUGUAACCAAUCCUCCGUACUUAAUAAAGUGCGAGUGGGA